AAACUCUCUCAUUAUAAUAAGUAAAUAUAGGCCAAUCCGUAAUAUACCACUUACUUACGUACAGUGUGAUGCACCAUUCGGACGAGGACGAUUACUCGGACGAAGAGUUUGAUGAGACCGGAAUUGAAACUCCGAGAUCACUUCGAAACGAUAAGCCUAUCGGAAGUUUCAGCUUUACGAGAGAUCGAAGUAAUACUCUGAUUCAUGAAUCUGUAUCCACAGUACCGUUGAAUGAUAGUCUGAAAUAUACUAAGUAUAGAUCCCGAAAUGGAACUCCCUUGAAACAGCCUCCUAUCACUUCUGGACGAAUAUCAUUUGAGGAAGAGGAGUUUGAAGAUGAUCACUUUAUACGGUCCGAUAAACUCAUAUCUCCGGCCAAGGAUAACUCCAAGUAUGAGUUUUCUACGCCUGUGAAGAAGAAUAAGUACGUUGGGUUCAGUUCUCCUCCGUCCAAUCUAAAGUUUAAUACAUCGAUUGAAAUCGAGAAUGGCUUAAGUAGGCAACAAGAUGAAGAAGUAGAGGUACCUCAAACACAGUCUGUGUUCGAUAGUAAUGCCCAUGUUGAAGAAUUGGAAUUCGAUUCUUCAGAUAAUGAAGAUAAACCAAAACCUUUUUCAACUUCUUUAGAGAAUCCUAGUACUCUGAAGGAUCACAAAUUAAUACCUUCUCCCAGUCAUGAAGUAGUGGUACGGAGCUCAAACAUACCGGAAAUUCAGGAAUCAUUACCCAUUAACGAUGUAUCAACUCCAAGAAAGCAUUCUUCUCCGGUGCAUAGAUCAGAGGUUGACGUUUCACGAGAUAGCAUUAUACAAAGAGUUAAUCAGACAUUAAAUGUUCUAAAUCAACCAACCAAGAAAUAUCCAGAAGUACGCUCAUCUCCAAGAGUGGCGGGUCAACUUCUAACUAGAAGUACUAAUAUAAAUGAAGAUGUAUCUAGUUCCCUAGACUCUGAACCUGAAUUUGUCAAUGACUUCCUCCUUCAUCAGCGAGAAUUCAACACUAUCAAAGAUCAAUCUCCAGCACUUGAUUUUCAGAUUGACAGAUCUCAUCAGUCUGUGCCAACCAUAGAGACAUUGACUGAUGUAUCUAAGCUGACAACUCCAGUGGUUGAAACACUCGCUAGCAAAGGAUGGACGGCCCAACAGUGGAAAAAUCUUACUAAGAUAGUACGACUGAAAAGUAUAAAAAGGAGAGAAGCCAUAAAUAGUACGUACUUACUCGAGGUAUUAGGAUGUACUAAAAAGGAAUUACGACAGAGGUAUGACUUUAUAGUUCACUUACGUCAGAAAAGAAGGAGAACAACUCGAAAAAAGUAAGCCUUACUCUCCGUUGCA